GUGCAAAAUCAAGGCACAGUGCAAGAUUCCUCCCGCCGCCUGAGUGAUAUAUAUUAAAUAGAUCCUAUUACGUGCCUCUAUAUAAAUUCAUCAAAAAUACAGUGGAGAAUAAAAAUACUCAAGACUUGGUCAAAAGGUCUAGAUACCAGGCCAUAAACUCUAAAAAGCCAAAGAGAGAGACAGAGUACGAGACUAUUGCCAUAAUAUAAAAAAGUUAAAAGAUAAUCUUAAGAAUUGCCUAUGUUUAUAUAUUGAAAUAAGAAGACUUAAAAUGUUAAGGGGUUUCUGUAAACUAAGUAAAAGUUAUUUUCCUUUACUCGAUGCUACUGUAAAAAAAAACUCCAUAAAUGUUGUGAGGCAAAACUCAAAGUUUACUCCUGGCCAAUCUAUCAGACUGCAAAAGGUAAAACAGAAGGAACCCGGCGAAGUAAUUAAAUGGAUGUUAUUGGUUAUACCAGUUGGCUCCUUUGGCUUAGGUUGUUGGCAAGCAUAUCGCCUUCAAUGGAAGUUAGAACUUAUAGACAGAAUGCAAGCAACAACAAAUUCUUCACCAGUGGAUAUGCCACAAGAUUUUCAUGAACUUGAUACUAUGGAAUAUAAACCUGUAAAAGUUCGAGGAGAAUUUUUGCAUGAUAAAGAAAUUUUAAUUGGCCCAAGAUCUCUGGUUGAAAAUGAUAGCUUGCCUAGGGUUGGUUCACUUGUAUCAGAUCCUAAAAAAAACCAAGGAUGGCUGGUUGUUACACCAUUUAAAUUGGCAGAUUCUGGUGAGGUAAUCUUAAUAAAUCGUGGUUGGAUACGUCAAGGACUUCGGUCAAAGGAAAGCCGUCAAGCAUCAAUGAUUAAGGGUGAAGUUGAACUUACUGGAGUUGUCCGAUUAACAGAAACAAGAAGUCCAUUUAUGCCAAAAAAUAAUCCAGUUAAAGGUUCAUGGUUCUAUAGGGAUUUGCAUCAAAUGAGUGCAUACUUAGGAUGUGCCCCAGUAUGGAUAGACGCCAGAGGCAAUCCGGAGCCACCAGAAGGAUGGCCCUUGCCUAAUCAAACACGGGUCAAUCUUAGAAAUGAACAUAUGUCAUAUCUUAUAACCUGGUACAUGUUAUCAGCAUUUACAGCAGUUAUGUGGCAUCGUUACUUUAUAAGGAAACUUCCUCUUGUGUAGAGCAUCAAUUUUUGUGUAGUGUAACAAAUUACAAUGUGUGGUCCUUUAACUAAUUAAGAGAGCCGUACAACCUAAUUUACCUAAUCCAUUAUUGCUUUGAGUAAUGGAACAGGGAGUUAAUAGCAAUUUAUAAUUAAUAAAUUAACAAUAUUAUAAGAAAUAAAAACAUAUUUUAUAUUAAGUUUCAGAUUUAUAUAUGGUCUCUAAAAUAUGUAAUAGGAAUAUGUUGAUGUAUCAUUAAAAUAAAGAGUGUAGAAUUGGUAAUUUUAAAAUUCCAAUCUACAAUUGAUGAGAAAAUUAGUAUGUAGCUGAUUAAAAGACCCCAAAAGCUUUUGUAGGAGAAAAGGAUUUAAAUAAAUUUUCGAGGUUAUAAGAAAAUGUAUUAUAGGAUAGCUUACUCAAAUUGUAAAAUGAUUGGAAAUUUAUUAUAGCUUUUUUCUAUUAUAAAAUAAAUAAAGUUGAUUUUUAUGAUUG